UCUCAUUUUAACAUUUAAUCAUUAACUACCAUGCCAGUUGUUAAUGUUUAUUCUACUUCAGUGACUUCAGAGAAUGUAUCACGUUUUGAACUUCUUGCCUGGGUAAAUAAUUCUCUUCAGUCUAAUUUAACAAAAAUAGAAGAAAUGGCGACGGGGGCUGCCUAUUGCCAACUUACUGAUUUACUCUUUCCGACGCGUGUACCGCUUAAGAAAGUCAAAUGGAAUAGCCGGCAAGAAGUUGAUUGGAUGAAUAAUUGGCGAGUUUUGCAACAUUCUUGGAAGGAUAUUGGAAUUGACAGGCCAAUUCCUGUCCAAAGUUUGAUGCGUGCCAAGUUUCAAGACAAUUUUGAGUUUCUUCAGUGGUUUAAAAAGUUUUUCGAUGCAAACUUUGACGGGCAUGAGUAUGACGCGGCUGCAGCACGGAAUAAUGAGGAAUUUCCUGCUGCGUUGCCUGGUGGAGCCACUAAGAAAGCACCUCCAGCUGUUGGUAAUUCAACUGCCGCAGCUUCCAGGCGUUCAACAGCACAGGGGCCGACAUCUCGACCUGUUGGUGUGCCAAAGCCAGAUGCUAGAGAUACCAGGCGUUCCUUAAAUGUUAGUGCAAGAGCAGUGCCGGCGGCAGCGCCGAAAGCUGCGGCAAACACUCGAGCACCUCCAUCUGCAGCGACAACUACUGCUUCAGCAGCAGCUAAGCGUCGUCCUCCAAUUGUUCAUUCUCCUCAAAAGAAUGGUGUAACUGUUCGGAAUGGGCAACAGACAUUGCGUACAUCAGGACGUAAAAGUACUGCUCCUUCAUCUACUGGAAAUCGUAGUGGAAUUGGGACUGCUGAAAUUACUCUUAUUGAACAACAGAAAAAAGAAUUGCAAUCUCAAAUUGAUGAGAUUACCAAAAAUUCUUUAAUUUACGAGCGUGAACGUAAUUUCUAUUUUGGAAAAUUACGCAAGAUUGAAUGUCUCUGUAAUGAGAAUGCUGCAAAUGAAGUAUUUUCAUCUUUAAUUGGACAAAUACAAAAAAUAAUUCAAAACAAAAAUGAAAACGAAGAGGAGCAGCAACCAUUAAAUGGCGAUACUUUUACUAAAGAUAAUGAGACUUUUACUGCAAAACCAAAAGAAAUUGAUGCCAAUCAAUUUCCUAUUGUUUUUGAUGAUAGUGGAAGUUUUGGAAAUCCUGACAAUAUUUUGGAUAUUGCUAUGAAUGUUACUAAAGAUGAGACAAACAAUGAAAUAAAUUCUACUCAAAUAAUAAUUCCGUCUGUUCAACAACAGCCGUUAAUUGAGCCAGAAUUUGAAAAAGAACAACAUCACCAAUCUGCUAUGGGAGACUAUAGUAUUGAGGGGAUUCCGGGAAAUAAUACUUAUAAUAUUGAUGAAGGAAUGGAAGGAUUAGAUGCUAUUAAAUUGCCACAUUCUAUAAUCUCUGAACAAGAACUUCAAAAUGCUGAACGUUCAAUGGAAGCUGCCGGAAAUAAAGUUCGUGAAGAAUUAAACACUGAAGUUGGGAUUAACAAUAAUGGUGGGGUGGAGAGUGAUGAUUUGGUUAAAAAUACUAAAUGAAUUGAAAAUAUAUUUUUUUGAAUUUAAAAGGGCUUAAAGUAUGUUUU